CCAACAUGAAACCCCUAAAAGUACCAACGUUAUGAGGUUAUGUCGAAAACAUUUUGAAUUGUUUUUAAUUUAAUUUGCAGACUAGUAAAGACGGAAACUUUGAAAUAUUCCGCAGCUUACAAGACACACAGGAAGUCUUCCCUGGUAAAAGUUCACCUUUGUAAAAUUCGCCCAUUCGUUACAACAUCGUUUUUUCUGAUGAUGAACCACAUUGGCUUUCAUCAGUCGCCCUUGCCAUAUUUCAACUGUAAAAACCCCCUUGAUUCUUAUCAUUGCAAAGACUGCAAUUUUCAAACCGAACUAACGUUGCUUUUGAAGCGACACAUUAAAGACCGUCAUGGAAUCAAACAAGAAAACAACGAUUUAAUUGUACAACACAAUAAUCAAAAGUACGUUUGUGGAAAGUGCGGAUUUGAGACACAUUUUUCGCUUAAAUGGUUACGUCACAUGAAAGAGUGUCAACAAAGUAAAGACCAACCAAAUUCGAAACGGCACAUUCAGGUGCAUCACGAAGAAAAAGACAUCAAGUUGUACAAGUGUGAAAAAUGCGACUACCAAAACAAAAAUCGCAAAUAUUUAAGUAGACACAUACGAAAGCGGCACUUGGCUGAGGACAAAAUCAAGUGGCACCACUGCAGUGAGUGUUCCUUCAGGAGCAAAGACAAGGCCAGUUUGAAAGGGCACAUUAACGCACGACAUGUGGACGACCUUGACGCCAAAUGGUACUAUUGCAAACAGUGCUCAUUCCGAUCAAAACACAACCAAUCUUUGACACGACACCUCUUGGUUUGUUAUUCGGACAAAGAGGACGGCAAAUGGUACGAAUGCCAGCAGUGCCCGUACAAGACUAGAGAUACUUCCAAUUUAAAAAGGCACGUGAUAACCCAGCAUUUGAAAGGAAAAAGAAUUACGUGGCAUCAGUGCCCGGAGUGUCCGUUUAAAACAAAAUACGAGGGGGUUUUACAGAGACAUCUGGCGAAUGCGAUACAUUUGAACCAACGCGACAUCAAAUGGUACAACUGUGAACAAUGCGAAUACAAAACGAAAUCCCGGCAAUGUUUAAAUUCGCACAUAAACGCGCGGCAUUUGGACGAGGACGAAAUCGAGUGGCACCACUGCACUUUGUGUGCUUUCAAGAGCAAAGAUAAAGGCAGUUUGAAAAGACACAUUAACGCACGGCAUCUGGACGACCAAGACGCCAAGUGGUAUGAAUGUAAACAGUGCUCGUUUAGAUGUAAAUGCAACACGUAUUUGACGAGACACGUGAAUGUUUGUCAUUCGGACGAAACGGUUGGCAAGUGGUACGAAUGUCAACAGUGCCCGUACAAGAGUAGAGAUUGUUCGAACUUGAGGAGGCAUGUGUUAACCCAGCAUUUGGUUGGGAAUAGCGUGAAGGGUUAUCAGUGCAAGGAGUGUCCAUUUAAAGCGGUACAGAAGACGAAUUUACAGAGACACGUGGAUGCGUGGCACAUGAAUGGAAAUGACGUCAAAUGGUACAAUUGUGAAAAAUGUCAAUACAAAACCAAAACGCGCCCAUCUUUAAAGAAACACAUAAAAGCGCGGCAUUUGGAGGACUAAAGCGUCAAGUGUACUUUCCAAUAUUGUUAAUAAAAUUUUUGCAAUAA